AUGAAACCGUGGGACCCGCAAAAGGAAGAAGACGCGUGGCCGGUACUAGCGAAAGAGGUAUGGGCCUAUGAAAAGGAGCGUAUAGAACGAUGGAGGAACGAAAUCAGUACGCUUCUCGUCUUUGCGGGUCUGUUCUCCGCCGUCCUCACUGCCUUCGUUGGUCAGUAUUACGCCGUCCUGCUGCCACCGCCUGACUUCAACACCGCCAUCCUCGAGCGCAUACUAUCUAUGCAGCUCGGUAAUGUGUCUAGCAGCCCCGUUGUCACGCCCGCGAGCUGCUCCGACUCGUCCCUCUUCCCUUGUGCACCCCCUGCACCCCGAUGGAUCGCUACGCUUUGGUUCGCUGCUCUGGUCUUCAGCCUCGGCGCGGCGUCGGUUGCUCUGGCUGUCAACCAAUGGCUUAACUUCCACGCCGAGCAAUCUGGACUGCGAACUUCACAGCAGAAGGUUAAGACCUGGCAGCUCCGUCGGGACGCCCUUAACACCUGGCAGGUGGAGUUCAUCGUCAGCCUCCUUCCCUGCAUGUUACAGGUGGCACUUGUCUUAUUCCUCAUCGGACUUGUGGGCUACCUAUGGGUGCUCGGGCCUGACAUCGCCGUCCUGAGCACGGUCAUGAUUUGCAUUCUGUUCCUCUUUCUCGUCGUGACCUCCUGUCUGCCAGCACUGGUCGAAUACAGCCCCUACAAGUCACCUCAAGCAUGGUGGAUUUGCGAGGCCUGCAGACGUGUGCGGUGGCACAGUUGGCAGUUGCUCCGUCUC